GGGUUCUGGGGCCAGUUAAGAUCAAAGUGAAUGUGAGGUACGUUCAUGGGGCGCUGCAGCACGAGCCCUGUCCUCUUUGCCCGGUUCCAGCUCAGGUCGGUGGUGCCGGAUCAAGCUGCGUGCUAAUGUCCUGUCUUUGACUCAUUCCUUUCUAGGGAGCGCGCCCAUCCCGAGCACGGGACCCGGGUGUAGAAGGGAGUUCAUCAGCAUUACAGCGCCUGCGCACCAUGGUGUGCUUCUGCCCCUUGUUGUUCCAGAUGCAGCUGUGGACCCUUUAGGAGCUACUCUGAACUGGCAGACUGAAGCGGUGCAUUUGCAUUCACCUGAAGUGAUGCAUGCCUACACAGAUGGCAAGGAUGACCUUGAGAGCCAGGCAAAGAGAUUUCGUGGGCGAACCGAGGUCUUUCCCGAGGAGAUUGACAAUGGCAAUGCAUCUUUGUUGCUGAAAAAUACAACCCAGAACGAUACGGGAACCUACCAUGGUUACUUUUUCCCCAAUUAUAAUAGCCCAUGUGUUGCAGUAAUCGUCCAACUUAACGUGUCAGAUGUAACCGAACAGGAAAACACAAAGACAGAACGUGCAUGGACAAUAGCUGUGAUUGUCAUUUUUAUAUUGACGAAAUCUGUGCGCGCUGCCGUGAAGGAGUCCAGAGACUUCCCAAACCUGCUACUUGCAUUCAACAAUUUGUCUUUUGGAAGAGACAGUCGGGUCACAUCUGGGUUGUUAUAAAAGGGAAGGUGGUGCACACGCGUGGAGAGAUCCACGACUAUGUUUACAGAAGCCAGGAGUUUCUGAGCCCCGUAUCGUCACGUGAGCUAUUCACUGCCCAGGAGCUGCGAUCUGAGCGGAUGUUACUGCUUGGCUCUGCGAGGACAGGGAUAAGUGCCAUCUCUCAACAGCUCUUGGAAAACUGGGCUUCAGGAGAAAGCAAGAUGGCCUAUAGCCAUGUGACUACUAUAUCAUUCAGUGGCUUGAACUCCAUCAAGACGCCCGUCAGCGUGAAAGCGCUUCUGGAACAGAAGUGCGAACAGCUGCUUUCAGUCCUGAGUGAUCAAAACAGUCAUGAAAAAGUAUUAAUUAUUCUUGACGUGCUGAAUGAGUUCCGGUACGAUCUGACCUGCCUCCAGUUCCCCAGCGGCGGGGAAACCGAUGGGAUGGAUACCGCCUUUGACAUAAAGAUAUUGGUGUACAAAAUCAUUGCCGGGGAUCUUCUCCGUAACGCAGAUGUGUUAGUUACUGCUCGGGGUCAUUCAGUGAGUGGAAUUAGCGGGCAUUUUCGUUAUUUGGUUGUGAUCCCUGAAUUUAGUGCUGCCGAUAUUAAGGAUUACUUCAAUACAUCACAUAAACAGAUAGAGAAAUGGAGCUCUGAGUCUAGAGGAGAAAGCCAGUUGUUGGCACUAUAUGCUUUUCCUGUGCAAAUUAAUAUACUCUGUGAUUCCUUGAGGCACAGUCCAAGCAGUUGUGCUAACGGAGGACCAAGUGUUGGCCAAGCCGGUAUGUUGGGACAAGAAGGAAGUUGUUGCAUUAACAUCGACUCGGAUGGAUCUAGUCGUGUAGCACUGCUGAGACUUCCAGAGAGUAUUAAAGAUGUUAUCCGUCGACUGGCAAAUAUGUCCUUUAAGCAUCUGAUAUUCGGUGUCCGAAAAAUAAAGCAAGCCGACCUCAACAAAUGGCAGAUUGAUCCAAAGCUUCUCUCAAAGUAUUUUUCCAAGUUCAUUUAUAAGGCAAAUGGAAGUGGUGAAGUCUUCUCCUACCGCCACAAUGGGGUAAGAGAGAUGUUUGCUGCCUUGCAUGUUGUUCUGGAAACCCAGUCCAGAGAGGUGCUGGCAGUAUGCCUGAAUGCCAUGAAGAUCUAUAUAGCCUGCACUCAUAGGGCAGAAAUGCAGAAUUUUGUCCUUUUCUACAUGGCCCUUCUGCCUUACAGCAGUAUUGAAAGCCUCCUGCAUGCUGCAGGUCCCCUCCGUGACCCGGCACGACGCAUCCUUCUGGACUGGUUUCAACGCUGGAUUGCCGCAGGGCUUAGUCCAACAGACACGCUGAAGGUUUUCCAUUGCCUUUUUCAGCUGCACGAUCAUUCUCUGGCUGAAGAAGUGUCUCGCCCUCUGAAGACCAUCACCCUGCGUAAUGUUGCCCUCAGCGCUGCGGAGGCUGGAGCCCUGCAAUAUUGUUUGGAUCAACCCGCUCUAGAUACGAUCGACCUCCAAGGAUGUGAGCUGGGGGACGAAGGCUUGGAGCAGUUUUCUUCCGUGAUAAGGAGCUGUAAAGAUGUCGGGUCAGUUCUGGUAACGUUUGGUAUUGUUAUGGGAAAGCGGUGGGGGAUGUGAGAGUGGUGCAUACAGCAUUCUCUUUCCAACACAAGAAAUUAGAAGACCCUGUCUCAGAAACAAAGUAAUCCUGGGAUAGUGUAUGGUAGUUCACUAGGGGUCAGCUCUGCCUCUGAUAGGCUCUCAUGCAGCUUGUGGGCAUCUCGGGGCGUGUGUAGACUGAACAAAAUUUCCCGUUUACAUCGACACAACUGUGUUUGUGUUUGCACAACCUGGGAUUUCCCGCCACUUUCAAGUCCAUUUAGCCCCUUAAAGUAAAACUUCUGGGAGAUGUUUUAAUGUGCAUCGCUUUCCUGUUACGCCGCUCCAACUGUGGAUUUUGUUGGUGCGAACAGCCAGACUCCAAAGACUUGUAGUUAAUCCCCUUGGCCAGGAGGGGCGCUGCGUUCCAGCCUCUGCCAGUAGGUGGCGCUGUGUGGUCAUUUACACCCUCUUUUACUCCUCGAUCCUCGCCCCUCCCUCCUCGGCAAUCAGGCCGGGACCUGUCUGCUUGGUUGACCAGACCGACCAAUUAUUCAGUCGCUAAAUGUUAGACCUUGACUCCACGCGGCGCCCAACAACUAGGGAGACGACGGUCCGAUUCCCUGUGGAUCCUGUUCCUCGUUAGCCAGAGCAGAGCAGGGAGCAAACACCAGCGCACAUUGCUCGCAGCAGCUUUUUAUUAGAAUGGAGACGGCUUCGGGCAAGCUCCCACGCCGACAGAGUACGGGGAGCAGCCCCGAACAAGAGAUUUUUCCUGCAUGUGUACACUUUGGUUUAGACUUGUUAACACUUGACUCCACCUCUGUCCCGCCUUCUGUCCCACCCGUUUCUCCUCCCAUCUCAAGCUGCGUCUCUGUUGACUGUUUGCUUCCUUAGUAUGGACUCACCUAAGCAUUUCGUUCAUUUACGUGACUUCUUGCUACGAGCGCACGUCUAAGACCUUGACUCCUUUUCUUCGGUCAAUGAGCGGACUUUGACCAAAUCCUGGAAGCUUCUGGAGGCUUCUUCACCAAUCGCCAUUCGCCUUUCGUGUAUGUUCAUCGUGGGUUCUGUUACCAAUGACGUGUUGUUCUCCACAUCCCCGUCUGUUUUUCUGUCGCAGGCUAGUAGGCAACCAGCUAGGACCCACCGGGGCUAGCCAUGUAGGGACAGCGCUGGAGAAGAACCGCAGCCUGAAGAGUCUUGAUCUGUGCGAUAACGGCGUUGGGAGGAAAGGUGCAGAAAGCCUGGCUCGGAGUUUACAGAAGAACCGCACGCUCCAGGAGCUCAAUUUAUUUAGCAAUCAUAUUGGAGAAGCAGGAACACAAAGCGUUAAGGAGCUCCUGGCUGGCCGCGGGGACUUGAAGGUGGUGAUGAAGAUUACGGAUGACGAGCGGGUGCUUGACUACAUGGAAGAGACGCUGCAGCGUUUAGAAACUGAAAUGCGAGGAGAUGGCCACGAGCUUGUCUCUUCCCAGCUCCAAAAUCUAGGGAACGAAAUUGCAGCUGAAGGAAACCUGCACGGCCAAACAACGGAGAAAGCACAAGCUUUAAGAGGGAAAAUCGCUCAAGUACAAAUGCAAGUCCAGAAUCGUACAAAUGUAGAAAUAGCUUAUGGCUGUAGAAAGAUAUUUUCAGAUUUGCUUUGAGAUUGAGAGAAUUGGCUUGUAGGUGUCAUAACCCAAUGAUUUUUAGUGCCUCGGCACAGUGGAA